CUCUCCCGUCCUCUCCUUACAAACGGAAGCUCAGUGGCCCCCAUGCCAAGGAUGUCCGACGCCUGGGUCCUAGGUCUCGUGCCCACCUUGCUGCUCGGCCUGCUGGCCGGCCUCCAACAGACUGCAGCCAAAUGUGGCUCCUUCCCCACCUGCCCCAAAGGAUUCAAAUGCUGCGGUGACAACUGCUGCCAGGAGUAUGAGCUCUUCUCUGGUCCCUUGAGGAUCUUUAUCAUCGUCUUCCUGAUCGUCAUGCCCAUCUUGUGCAUCUGUGGCCUCGCUAAGCACUUCUGUCGCAACUGCAGAGAGCAGCCGCAGGAUCCCCCGAUGGGUCAGGAGGGGCCCCCGGAACAGCCCUCUGUUGUCCCCACAGAAAGGGCCAGCGUAUCCAUCUCUGAGCCCCCACCCCCCUACAGUGAGAUUAUUCUGAAGCCGGUCCUGGGUCUACCUCCCACAGAGCCACCCCCACCCUACAGCUUCAGGCCUGAAGAAUAUUCUGGGGUCCACAGGGACAUCGACAACCCAGCUUUCUGAGCCACCACCUGCCUGGAACCCUGCUUCAGCCACCACCUCCCCAACGCCCCCUGGAUCAAGCCAGAGACACCUGGGAUCCCCACCAUGCCCCCGCCUAUCCUGCUACAUCUCUGGCCAUUCUUGGGUUUAAUUUAUUGUUUUUUCUGCCCCUGUUCCGCCCCAACUGUCUCUCUUGUCCCAACGGCUGGGCUGGAGCGACAGUGUCCAUCCACUCCCUCCCCACCCCUAAUCCAAGUCAGAGGCUGACAAGAGGAAAAUGUCAACAGUUGGAGGUGCUGGACACUAGAAUGGGGUACUCUGAGGACUGGGGAGAGCCCAUUUGUGGAGGUAUGCAAAUCUUGACUGAGCAGCCAGCUCUGAGAUGAAGGGUACUCCUGUACUGUGGGAGAUCGGACUACAUGUCCAUCACUUAUUGUAGAGAAAAGGCAAGUGGCACAACAAUAACCUAUGAUCUCAAUGAGCUCUGAGCCAUCUUCGGUUCUGCCUGAAUAGAGAAGAGCCCAUUCUACCCUACCCUACGUACCCCUGCCCACCAACACUCACUACAUUUUAGCUGAUUGUUGCUGAGAGUCUGCCUCUGGCUAUGUGGGGAGGUGAGCCCAGGCCCUGCUGGGGGACUGGAGGGGAGAGGGGGUCGUCACUGUGCCCACCAUGGGUGAGUCCUCCGGGGCUGUGUUGAUGAUGAGCCUAGGAGGACAUUACCUCCAUGGGCCACCCUCUGGGAGAGGAUCUUUACAGAUGCUUUGACCCCCAGUUCCUUCAGGUCUCUGGGUGCUAAAGAGCCUGGACAGAGAGCUGGGAUGGGGUAGGAGGGACCCUGGUGUCUUCCCCACCCCGUCCUCCCAUUGCUGUCCCAGGGAGACUCUCUCCCCAUGGGGGAGGGGAGUAGGGAGCCUGGCCAUCUGUGGGACAGGGCCUCUGGAGACCUUGAUCAGCCCCACCCUGGAUUGUCCUAGAGGGAGGGGAGGAGACGAGACUGGCAGAUCUGCCCAUUUCUUCCAGUCUUGUGUGAUUCUGGGGCACCGCCAUUUCAGCCCCAUCUGCUAACCCCUAAAAGGAAAGAAGCACUCACUAUGGCAGCACAGCAUCUUCCCAGGGCAGCCAUCAGUCCUGUGGGAGCUUGCAGCAGAGCGUGGGGCCUGGCAUGGGGCAUGCAGGAUGGGAGAGACCCCCGAGCUAGCUGGCCUCCUCCUUUGCACUCUGACCUCCUCCUUGCCUUUGCACUGCUCCCCUGCAGCGUUGAAUGUGGGCCUUCCUCCCCAGAUACAGUGCAAAGCAGCAACGCUGGUCAAAGCUCCUGGGAGGAUUAGAGGUAGAACAGGCCCUGGUGUGCUGGCCAGGAUGGCCCCUCCAGUCCCCUCAGUAACAUCCAGCCUUAGGGCAUCAAGAUACAGGCAGGUGGCAGGGCCGGGGGGUGCAUGGGAUGGCACAGCUAGCCCCAAAGAUGCCGGGCACAUGGGCUGUCUGGCUGAGGGUUCCUGCUAGAGACAGGGCCCCAGAGGGAGAACAUUGGUUACUGACCACAUAGUGCCAGAGUUGGCGGCAGAAUGAGUGCAGCCAUAGGAAGUUUCCCUUCCAUCUCAGAGAUUGAAAGGGGAGGAGCAGAAGGAAGGUAUGUGGGUGCUUUGUGUAAACCUGGCUAGCUCCAUGAGAGAAGUCCCAGAGCUGAUACUGCCCUCACUGUGGUAAACUCCCAUCCCAAUGGGAACAUGUUAAGCAGUGGGCUUUGCAGACCUGGAGGAGGAUGUCACGCUCAGCCUGGACACUGCCUUCCUUUCAUCAAAGAUGACAUGGGGCCUUGAAAUCUUCCCAGCAGCAGCAGCAGAGUGGCCUGGAGGAAAGUGAUCAUCCCAAAGCCCAGCGUUGCUGGGUCCUGGUGGCAGAAAUGGCCAGUUCUAUGGCUCUGUGUUCACUGUUGGUGGGAGUGGACAUAGUGUGAGCUUCCUCGAGGGCACACUCGCAGUAACCAUUCAUGCCACAGGUACUUACAGAGAUCCUACUAUGUUUCUGGCACCAUGCCUGGCACUGGGUAUCCAUUACAAUGUAAAAUGCACAUAACCCAGCAAUUCCACUUAAAAGAAUAUUCUUCACAAAUGCUCAUGCAAAAGAGAGCUCAAAGAGAUGGCCAUUGCAGCAUUCUAGCUGGGGGUAAAUGAAAACACCCAAAAUGUCUAUUGACAGGAGCCUGUUAACUAUCCUAGGUCCAUCUAUAUUAUGAAUGCUGUGCAGUGUCUAGAAAGAAUGGAGUAGAAAUGCAACACCGACCUGGCACAAUGUCCACCAUUUAUUAUUAUAGAGAAAAGGCAAGCAGCAGAAAAGUAGCCUAUGAUCUCAAUUUAUAAAUAUAUACCACAUCAUAUGAUUUCCCUUUGCAAAUGUAUAGACAAGAUAUAUAAGGAAAUGUUUUUAUUUUGUAUGCUUUGUCAUUGCAUUUUUUUACCACGAGCAACCAUGGUUUUGGCAAAUUUAAAAAAGAUUUCUUUAAUGGAAAAUAUGGCCGCUUUAGAAGCUUUACAAGACUCAUCUUGUGAACUUUGAUCUAUGACAAUUCAUGUGUUAUCAGCCCUGCUCUGAGGAAGAGGCUAGAAGAACUCAGACUUGUGGUAUACACAUGACAUGUUUAUGGCCCAUGGAGUAGAUACAUGAUAACAUGGGAAAGCCUACACCUGCCGGGCAUGUGAGGACAUGUAAUGCCCGUAUGUCAAACCUAUGCAGGACUGUAACUGGCACUCAGCAUAUAUCAGAUAUCUGGCUGGUUGGG